CCACAACUAUUAAUCUUUUCGAUUUUUAUAAAAGAACGCUUUUAUUGUAUACAAAUUCCGCCGAUUCGAUUCACGUUUUUAUCAUUCGCAACUAUUUUGUUGUCAAUAGAAAACUUUUGAAAAAGUUUCUUUUAAAAAGUUUUUACUUAUUUUUUUAUUUGUUUUUUUUUUUCUUCUAAAAAUCGUGAUUGCAUUAUGUUGCUGUUCAGUUCUGUGUUUAUGUUUUAAUUAUUUACGAGAUGUCAAUAAUAUUUUGGUUGUUUUUUAAAUUUUGCGGUGUUGUGAAGUGUUAAGUUCUUAAAGUCGUUUGAGAGGUGAUUUUUUUGUGCUUUUAUUGUACAUUUUGAGCACAAUGAAGCUUUUUUGGAAAGUUUUGUUUUCUCUACAUUUUCUGGUAGAGACCGUUUUGGGCAACUGGUGGAACUUGGCAGCCCCAGUCCGACCCGUUCAAAUAUCGAACACGUCGCUGGAAACGUUUAUAUCACUGCAUAAAGAGAGCUGUCAGCGACUGGAGUACCUCGUCGAGAGACAAAAACAACUUUGCAUGCUGUCUGAUAAAAUGGUACAGGUCCUCCAAACUGGAGCGCAGCAAGCGGUCGAGGAAUGUCAGCACCAAUUCCGUAACAGUCGUUGGAACUGCAGCACCGUUGACAACAGCACUGACAUAUUCGGAGGGGUGCUAAAAUUUAAAUCCCGUGAAUCUGCAUUUGUCCAUGCACUCUCGGCGGCGGCAUUGGCUCAUGCCGUGGCACGUGCAUGUAGCCGGGGCGAAUUAAACGAAUGUUCUUGUGAUGCUCGCGUGAGAAAACGCACUCCUCGACAUUGGCAGUGGGGUGGAUGUUCUGAGGACAUAAGAUAUGGUGAAAAGUUUAGUCGAGAUUUCGUUGAUGUUAAAGAAGACAAGGAAAGCGAUGAAGGAAUAAUGAACCUGCAUAACAAUGAAGCUGGACGCAGGGCUGUUCGUGGUCGUAUGCAGCGUGUCUGCAAAUGCCAUGGUAUGUCCGGUUCGUGUUCGGUGCGGGUGUGCUGGCGGCGUCUACCACAACUGAGGAUCGUCGGUGACUCUUUAAGCACACGAUAUGAAGGCGCGUCGCAUGUUAAGAUUGUUGAAAGAAAAAGGGGGAAAAAUAUCAGGAAGUUACGACCAAUACACGCAGACAUGAAGAAACCAAACAAAACGGACUUAGUUUACCUCGAGGAUUCUCCUGAUUAUUGUGAACCGAACGAUGAACUCGGUAUUCUUGGGACACGUGGUAGAACAUGCAAUAGAACAUCUGCUGGAUUAGAUGGCUGUCGACUGUUGUGCUGUGGCCGCGGAUACCAGACUCGAGUCAGAGAUCACGAAGAGAAGUGCCGAUGUCGCUUCGUAUGGUGUUGUCGCGUCCAUUGCGAGAUAUGCCGGUCAAAACGAGACCACCACGUUUGUAAUUAAAGACUAAGAUACGUUAUUGUAACAUUUAAGAGGCAAGACUUGAUCUGCUGAUAAUGUGAAAUUGUAAAGUUUUGGGAACUAGUAUAUGAUGCCCUCUGGUUUAGCAUCGUCAGAAUUACUAAUCGAGA